AUGGUGUUAGAAAGAAACUCGGCAACACUCACCGACCACAGGACGAUGAAGCUCCCGGAGAUGUUUCCAAAGCUCGUUGCAGAUUUACUGCCCCCGUUCGCAGGAUUGAUCUCCUCCUCGGCUUCCGCCCACACGGGCCCGGCUCGGCUCGCUUAUUUUAAAUUCCGCAACUACUCUUCGCCGCGGUUCCUUCACACUCUGUCAGGGGAUCGGAUCAGAAAGUUCCCGUGGAUUCCGUCGCCAUCGCAGAUACACCAACAGCUUCGCACUGGGAAGCGGCCGUUCACCUGCUCCGUGUGUGCGAAGAGACUCAUUCAGUUAACCCACCUUGUGAUGCUCCACACCGACCGAAUGCGCAGGCGUCAGGGUUGCGGCUGGUCCCGAAUAUCACGCAUGCGCAGUACACAAAAGGCCUCGGAUAUCGCUGCCGACUGUGGGAAGGGAUUCACUCUAUCAUCCAGCCUACUAAUACACCAGCGAUUUCACACUGGGGACAGGGCGUUCACCUGCUCUGUCUGUGGGAAGGGAUUCCAUCGACCAGCCGACCUUCAUAGACACCACCAAUUUCGCACAGGGGAGAAGCCGUUCACCUGCCCAGAUUGUGGGAAAGGAUUCACUUUACUAUCUCACCUGCAGAGACAUCAGUCAGUUCACACCAGGGAGAGGCCGUUCACCUGCUCAGUCUGUGGAAAGACAUUCACCCAGUCAUCCCACCUACAGAGACACCGGUCAGUUCACACAGGGGAGAAGCCGUUCAACUGCCCAGAUUACACCAGCGAGUUCACACAGGGGAGAAGCUGUUCACCUGCUCAGAACGUGGGAAGGGAUUCACUUCACACUGGAGAGAGGCCAUUCACCUGCUCAGACUGUGGGAAGGGAUUCACUUGCUCAUCUCAACUGAAGGUACAUCAGCGAGUUCACACUGGAGAGAGGCCAUUCACUUGCUCAGACUGUGGGAAGACCUUCACUCAAUCAUCCAACCUACAGAUGCACCAGCGAAUUCACACAGGGGAGAGGCCGUUCACCUGCUCUGACUGUGGGAAGGGAUUCAUUCAGGCAGCUAGCCUACUGAAACACCAGCAAGUUCACACUGGGGAGAGGCCAUUCACCUGUUCAGAAUGUGGGAAAGGAUUCACUCGGUCAUCUGAUCUGCUGGCACACCAGCGAGUUCACACGGGGGAGAGGCUGUUCACCCGCUCAGAACGUGGGAAGGGAUUCUCUCAGUCAUCUGAUCCACUGGCACACCAGCGGGUUCACACUGGAGAGAGGCCAUUCACCUGCUCAGACUGUGGGAAGGGAUUCACUUGCUCAUCUCAACUGAAGGUACAUCAGCGAGUUCACACUGGGGAGAAGCCAUUCACCUGCCCAGACUGUGGGAAGGGAUUCACUCAGUAAUCGAACCUUGUGACACACUAUCGUUUUCACACUGGGCAGAAAGUUUCAAUAAGCUGCAUGUCGGAUAUUUGUCCAUUACCAUUGCUGAAUGCAAUUUUGAGAGUGACUGUCGGUGCUGAACUCUGCAAUUAUUGCUGCUGCUCACCACACCCAGUUCUGCACCCUGGUCACUGGGCAUGGGAGGAGUUUCAUCUGCUGCAUAUUCACCUUUAAUGGGACUGGAGUUUAAUAUUCUAGAUCUGAGACAAAUAAAACA